AUGAAGGGUGCUUCUUACCUUCCAUUUCUUGCGCUCAUCCCGUCGGCAAUAUGUUCGUAUUUUGUUAAUUUCGACGCCUCCAAUGAUAGUCUAAGCGACGCCUCCAAAAUCGGACAGUUAAAUCUCGAAGCUGCUCGAGGCGACAAGGUUUCCAGCAACCAACAGGAUCUGUACAUCAAGCUCGGGGCUGACCCUAACGGGACCGCGGCCUUACGUUGUCACCGUGUCAAAGGCGAUAUUCGAUCUGAGUAUCAUGCACUCUCCGGGAAGACUGAAAAGGACACCACGUACUAUAUUGGGUACCAGUUUUCAUUGGCAGAAAUCCAGAAGAGCUUGAUGAUUUGGCAGUUCAAGGAAUACGAAGCCAACAAGGACGGUGGAGCCAAUAUUCCAUUAGCCAUGGAGAUUGUCAAUGGGCAACUCCAAUUCCAAUACCAAGCUUCUAGUGACUCGAAGCGAGAGGCCCAGUGGUCAACAGAUGUGACUGCAAAUACGGUGUACUCUGUCGGUAUUGUAAUCAAUACCUCAUCGCCAGGGUGGGUGCAGCUGUACUGGAAUGGAGACCUCCAAGGAUUCAGUAGCAUAGAAGGGAAGUCUAACUUGACUGCUACGACGUUUCCCGGAAGGGCCGAUCCCAAAUUCGGUGCAUAUCGAGGUGAAGAAGUAGAUAUCGAUACAUAUAUCUACAAGAUCCAGAUUGGCACCGAAAUAAAUGACAUUGCAAGUGCUGCAGACUUGGACUUGUAA